GUCAUUGGCCACGUUGGAGGUUAAUACGUUGAUCGUUUUAUCUAUAUUUAAUGAUAAUGUGGAAUUGUAGGCAACAGAUACAUUGCAUUUUACUUUUGUUAAAAUGGCAACAGUCAUUACAUUACCCACUAAGGAACCUUUGAUUCAAAAAUCAUUACUCCAACAGAGUGAAGAACCGACAGUAGAUGAAACUUUGUUAUAUAUAUUAAAGACAUUAAUCAAGAGGUAUAAAAAACAGAUGAGUACAGAAGAAACAUAUACCGUUUCCGGGGAGAUUCAACAGUAUUUACCUGAAAGGAGCAAAGGAUUGACCUUCACUGAUCUACCGGUCUAUGUAAAGCUUCAUGUGUUUUCAAGUUUGGAUGCCAUACAAUUGUGUAGAAUAUCACGGGUUUCUAAAGAAUGGUAUACUUUGACUUCUGACAAUCUCUUAUGGGGUAAAAUAUUAGAAAGAGACAUUCGCUUCUGGAAUGUGAUAGGACAUCAAACCAAUCCAGGCUUGUAUAUAGAAGUGCAGUCUGAAUGGAGCAACAAAGAGAUAUACCUUCGAUGUUCACCACAGAUAAAUUAUCUUAUGCGUGAAGACAAUGCAUUAAUCAGCAGUUUAACAAACAUGAUUCGUUAUUUUUUACCCAAAAAGACACCUAAAAUAGCCAUGUUUGGACCUGGUUUGGAAUCGGGCACAAGUACUAUUGUACCAAAAAUUCUUUACACACAGUCAAAAAAGCUGGAAAGAGUAGGACUUGUUCCAGGCCAGUUUGAUGGAGUAGGAUCAGGGUGGUGCUUAAAGAUGCAAAAUGGACAAGUAUUCCAACUGUCAGUAUUAUAUUCUGCUUCCAAAAAAGUUCGUUUGGAGAGGAGGAACAGACUCCAGAACAAUAGCCUACUAGAAGUUAGGACAGCUGAAGAUGGAGCAGAAACACUGGAACUAAAACCAGCGGUCAGAGAUUUCUGUCGAACUGUGGACGCCUUCAUCUAUGUUGUCGAUGCAUCCCAAGGAAAUAGUUUUGUGAAAGAAGACAAAGCCGAGAUGUUUGCCAUGGUUAAUGAGAGAUGGUCAGCGACACAUGUACCAAUACUGGUGAUGUCCUGUAUCCCCACCCAUCAGCAGCAGAGAGUACCCUGUGUGGACAUUGUUCAGUCUCUAGAGAUCUCAGCCAUUAACAGACCAUGGCAGGUACAUGAUAUUGAAGUGGACACUUUAGAUGGUGUUAUUCCAAGCAUCCAGUGGUUAGUGGAGCAGUCACAGAGACGAUAAUCAAUUGUUUUUAUUAUAACUGUGUUUGGUAUCCUAGAGAUCGUUUCUAAAUAGAAAAACUGUGUACUACAAAUUUGCUGUAUUUUGAAGUUGGAGCAAAUUUUGAUUGUCAGUUUUUGCAAUUCACUGUUUUAUACAUAUUUAUCGAAUUAUUAUUCAAAUAUAUCGGUACUCUUUUCAUAAAUUUUGUAGAAAAAAUUGACUACUUACCUGAAAUACAGAAUAAAAUUUAAGAUUAAAAA